UCCUGCAGUGUGUAGAUCUCACCACAGCUCGCAGGUCCUCAGCUGGAGCUCGGUGUGAUGUAACAGGAAGUAGUGGGUUGCUUUCCAACGUCAACCUGACAGCCGCUUUGGCUGCGCUCAUUCAGCGCCGGAGAUCCGCCGUGUUUACUGCUCUGUGCCGAAAUCGAGGACUGGAGACACUUUGGGGAUUGUGUUGAUAGUAUUUCGGGCUCAAACCUCCGCGCCACUGGUGGAUUUCAUUCUCUGAUCUGCUGCUUGUGGAUGAUCAACCAGCUUUGACAUGGCCAAACGGAAGAUGGAGAGCAUCGGGCGAAGCUGGAUGGUGGCACUCGUUCUGCUGUGUAAUCUAACAAAGAUUUUUGUAAAGGCAAGCAUGGAGGUGAAUGAAACGCACCAGCAGCAUCCAAACAACGUCUACCAUGACAUGGGUCUCACCAGGAACAAGAUAGUUACAGCUCAGUUUGAGUGCUAUCAAAAAAUAAUGAAGGAAGAUACCAUCGGCAGAGAAGAUCUCCUGAAUGCCCCUGAUGCCCUUUCUGUGCUUUUAGAGCCCAUGUGUAAUCGGACUUGGGAUGGCUGGCUGUGUUGGGACGACACCAGAGCAGGUUUUACCUCUGAGCAGCACUGCCCGGACUACUUCCAGGAUUUUGAUCCUUCGGAGAUGGUGACAAAGAUAUGUAUGGACAGUGGUCAAUGGUUCCUGCAUCCAUUGAGCAACCGUACUUGGUCCAACUACACCCGCUGCAAUGAACACACUCAUGAAGGCAGAAUGACUGCGAUGAAUCUUCUCUACUUAGCUCUCAUAGGACAUGGAUUAUCACUGACAUCCCUCUUAAUUUCUCUCGCAAUAUUCUUCCAUUUUAAGAGUUUAAGUUGCCAAAGGAUCACGCUUCACAAAAACCUCUUCUUUUCUUUUGUUCUGAACUCUAUUAUCACCAUCAUUUGGUUGACAGCCGUGGCAAACAAUCAGGAGCUGGUGCAGAGGAACCCAACCAGCUGUAAAGUCUACAUGUUCAUCCAUCUGUACCUGUUUGGUUGUAAUUACUUCUGGAUGCUGUGUGAGGGAAUAUACCUGCACACUCUGAUCGUGGUGGCAGUGUUUGCUGAGAAGCAGCACCUCAUGUGGUACUACCUCUUAGGCUGGGGCUUUCCUCUCAUUCCAGCUUCAAUACAUGCGAUCGCUCGAAGUUACUACUACAAUGACAACUGUUGGAUUAGCUCCAAAACAUCAUUACUCUACAUCAUCCACGGUCCCAUUUGUGCUGCGCUUUUGGUCAACCUGUUCUUCCUGCUAAACAUUGUGCGAGUGCUCAUCACCAAACUGAAGGUGACCCACCAAGCAGAGUCUAGUCUCUACAUGAAGGCGGUGAGAGCCACCCUCAUCCUGGUGCCCCUGCUGGGAAUCCAGUACGUCCUGCUCCCCUACAAGCCGGAGGAACGGGUCUCCUCCGAAAUCUACGACUACAUCAUGCACAUACUGAUGCAUUACCAGGGUCUGCUUGUGGCCACCAUCUUCUGCUUUUUCAAUGGAGAAGUACAAGCAGUGCUGAGGAGACACUGGAACCAGUAUAACAUCCAGUUUGGCAGCAGCGUGGGAAACCACUCAGACGCGCUGCGUUCAGCCUCCUACACAGCUUCCUCCAUCACAGAGGUACAGGGCUGCUACAGCAUCGACGGACACUCAGAACACAUGAACGGCAAGAGCUGCUACGACACAGACGCCUCCAUGUUAAAGUCAGACAGCCCCUUUGCCUGACAACACCCCUCUUAAGACCUUUCCCCACCAUCCCCCUUGAAUACUGCAGCAGGUUUGUACCUCUAGGAGAAGUGUGAGCGGCUGAAAGGCAGGAAACAGGAUUUUUAUACCCGUGGCCUCGUUCACCUGAAGGAAAUAUUCACCACUCUGUCACUGACACAGGAACAGAACUGUACAAUGAGCUUGUUACGACUAUUCCUGCGCUCUGUUUCGUCUAUUAUUUGCAACUGAAGUGCUUCACUUGAACUGAGAUGCAUUUGGAUAACCACAUUCUGCCCGAGAUAAAAGGACAAGUAGUAACUGCUCAACCGUCUUUUCGUGCACAAAAGCCUUUUGAUACACACUGUAAAUUCUUUUUACAUGUUUAGUGCCAAACUAUGACAUCCCUGCCUGCCUCAUCUAUUUUUUUAUACAGAACUAGGUCAUCUAACAGGUGCAUAAUAUUAUAUUAGAGUUAUAUCUCUCACAUGUAACUUAAUUUAUCUGAACAUAUUGUUUAUUGAAUAUACAUGACAAUAAAUACCACAUAGUAUUUAUUGAAGUUGACAUGCUACAUUUUUGCAAAAGUAGUCAAUUGAUACAGAUAGGACUUAAUGCCAGCGUUGUGUGAAGUUUCAGUGUUUGUUUCAGUGUACAUGAAGAUGGUUGAUGGAAUCUUGGCUAGCACAGCUUGCAGGAUUCACUUUAAUUUUAUUUUAUUUAUAGAUGUCAUCAUGGUAAAGUCUAAGGGUUUUUAAGUGAUCCUUACUAAUGUGGGCAUCUCAUGUGUUAUCACAAAGAAGUCAGUGAAUACUCAAAUACUCUAUCUUCUCAUAACACUUGAAUGUAACAGUUAGACGAUGAAGACUUGGUUCACAUCACAUUCCCGUUCACUCCUGUCUUCAGCCUUACUUUUCUCACAUUAGUCAGACUGUAACCAUGAUAAAAGCAGGAGCAGGUGUUCAGACUGAUACCAGCACUGUGUUUGAGAAGCAUGGGGCUUUUCAUAUCUGCUGUUAUCAAUGAAUAACUGUUUAUGCCUGCAUCUGCUGAUAUGGAUAUCAUGCCGAUAAUAUCCAGCAUCCCCUCUAGACAUGAUCACUUUUACCUCCACAAACCAAGAUGGAGACCGCCAAAGAGACAGAAAAACAGUCCACAGACUAAACUGUGUAGCGCUGCUGUCAGUCUGAACACAUCAAUGACGUGUGAUGAUUUUAUCAUGCAUCAACAAAACUGCAAAAAAAAGGAAGUUCUGCAAAAAACGUUCUUAGUGGAGCAUUUAAGUUAGUCUAACUGUUUUCUACACCUGGUCAGAAAUCAUUCACUUUUUAUUAGCUAUGCUGUUGUUUCAUCCUUCUCAACACAGAACCGUUCCUAAGUUUAGGACAUGUUUAGACCACAGUGCUGGGAACAUAAGUCACUAUCAGCUGAUGUAAAUAUGUUUUUUUUUUUAUAAAUCUAGAGUUUCUGAAAAGAGAGCAAGUUGAACUUGUGAGUGUGUGUGCAUGAUUUAUAUAUACAGUAUUUAUGAGUACAUUAUAUCCUGCAGUUUGAGCAGCCAUCUUAUGUGACAGUGUGUGGGGCGUUGAUGAAGAAGUUGUUUGUUCUUCUGUGUUGAAAAAGGGAGGGCUGGGUGAUGUGCUGGGGUUGCCAAAAGUGGCUUGUGACAAGCGUAUGUACUUGUCUGCCGUGAUGAUUUCUUAUUAGACCUCCUUUCACCUUUCUAUUUUGCCUGAAUUUGAAAGUAAGGAAAGUAAAAUUACAAAAUCC